GUAUUUCGGAAUGACGUCAUCAAUAUUCUGCUCGUCCACCUGUUUACAUUUAAGUUUAAACUCCAGGAGUCCGCGAGUUUCUGUAUAAACGCUUUACACGGAUCUUACAAACGCUUCUGAAAAUGAGCGGAAACGUCGAUUCAACAUUAGAAGCCGAGAUAUCAGCUGGGAUGGAAGUCCGGAUCAACCGAAGAAACUUUCCCAUCAACUUGUGGAAUCUGGUGAAUGAUCCUCAGAUUUGUUCAAUCUGCUGGGAUGACAGUGGGGAAGGAAUCCUGAUCUGUCCAGAGUCCUUCAAAGCUGAAGUGCUGUCUAAAGCCAACAAGGAGAAGAUCUUCAGAACUACUAAUUUCAUCAGUUUUGUUCGCCAGCUAAACCUGUAUGGCUUCAGAAAAGUUUGCCCAGACUAUAAGAUCUCGUUGAAGCAAGUCGGCUUCAUACAGCACUUUUACAACCCGAACUUCAAACGGGCCAACCCGGAGCUUCUGGCAAAGCUACAGAGACUCACACCUUCCAACAGGGCCAAGCUUACCACUGGGCAAGAUGUCUCCAACCACCCAGGUACUUUUCAUCCAGUGCUGAAUUCACCCGACAUCUCUGCUGUGGUCGAGAAUCAUAGCUGUAUCCCAGGAGCUUUGGAUCCCAACAUGCCCUGCUCCCAAGAAGAAGUUGCCUCCUCCGCUCAUUGUGGCUAUUAUCCUGACUCAUUUAGCCACCUUCUGUACACUGGCCAGGAUCCUAACUGGGAAUCAGCUGAUGUCCCGGACGACUCAUUUAGCCACCUCCAGUACACUGGCCAGGAUCCAAACUGUGAAUUAGCUGAUGUCCAGGACGACACAUUUAGCCACCUUCUGUACACUGGCCAGGAUCCAGAUCCCAGGAAGAGUCACAUGAACCUGGACACUGUAUUCAAUGCAGAAGAUGCAAUGGAGGCUGCUGAUUUUUUCACUCUGCUUGACUUGUGAAGACAGUUAAAUAUCAUUAAUUAUUUAUAUUAAUGUUUGUUUAUUUUUUUAUAUUUAUUAAAUAAUUCUAAUCUUUA